AGCACUUUUCAGACUCAAACUUUGAGAGAGAAUUCAGUUCAACAAUUUGGAUGUAAUGCAUAACUUGAACCUAAAGUACACUGACAAAAGAGUAACUAUAGAUAAGGAUAUCUGGUCUUUCAGUGAAGAGCUUGGAAUCUGCUAAAAAGUCCCAAAGAAAGUGUUCUCCAGAGUCCAGGCACGAGCAGAUCUUCACCAGCUCCCUGAAAGCCUCAUACAUCGUUCUGGGCAAGAAUGGAGACUUUGCAGGCUACUUUGUUUUUGUUUGUGUUUGUACCUUUGGUAAAUGCAGCACCACCUCUACAGCAAGAAUCACUCUAUGAGGAUGAUACAGAUGUUUCCAUGGGAAGCCUGACCCAACAAGAUUAUGAAAUGCAAUCCAAGGAUAUAAGAAAGGCUGGAACAAAUGUUUCUCUUGACACCUCCCUAAUGCUACAAAGUGAUGACAGCCAACUCGAUGUCCCACCAACAAAGGACACAAACCUGCCCACGUGUUUGCUGUGCGUGUGCCUGAGCGGCUCCGUGUACUGCGAGGAGAUCGACAUCGAGGCCGUGCCCCCUCUGCCCAAGGAAACCGCGUAUCUCUACGCCCGCUUCAACAAGAUCAAAAGGAUUGCAGCCUCAGACUUCGCUGACAUCACUACCUUGAGAAGAAUUGAUUUUAGUGGAAAUAGGAUAGAAGAAAUAGAAGAUGGAGCCUUUUCAAAGCUUCUGCUGUUGGAAGAACUUUCUCUUGCUGAAAAUCGACUUGUAAAACUUCCUGUUCUACCUCCCAAACUAACAUCGCUUAAUGCAAACCAAAACAGAAUCAAGAGCAGAGGAAUCAAAGCAAAUGCUUUCAAGAAGCUCACAAAUUUGGCCUACCUCUACUUAGGACACAACGCACUGGAAUCUGUGCCCCUGAACUUACCGGAGAGUCUGCGCAUUCUUCACCUUCAGUACAACAACAUCACGAGCAUCACGGAUGACACGUUCUGCAAGUCCAACAACACGCGCUACAUCCGCACGCGCAUGGACGAGAUCAGGAUGGAGGGCAACCCCAUCGUGCUGGCCAAGCACGUCAACGCCUUCUCCUGCCUGAGGAUGCUGCCCGUGGGCACCUACUACUAACCCUGCUGUGCCAGCCAGCCAUCUAACAAGGAUCACUUCUUCCUCUGUUUACAAGCUCAUAUCCUCUCCCUUACUAAUGCUCUUUUCCCUGCUUACCCAGGACCUCCUGCUAUGUUGCACCGUUCUCCUCUGAAAUAACCAUUUCAGUUACUUUAGUACUUAUGGUGUCCCUCAUCCUUUCAGAAUCUUUUCUGUUAAUGAAAGUGUAAAAAUAUAUAUAUAUGCACACA